AUAUCAGGAUCCAAAGCUGCUGUCUUCACGUUGCAAAACAGGUGUAAAGAAACCAUAUGGCCCGGAGCCUUGUCAGGAGCCGGCCAUGCUCUACUCAUAAACGGCGGCCUGCAGCUCAAACCAAAUGAGAAAGCCAAUGUUGUAGCACCCUUCGGGUGGUCGGGCCGUUUCUGGGCCCGCAGCGGCUGCACAUUUGACAAAUCGGGCAAGCAGGGGAACUGCGCCACAGGCGACUGUGGCGGCCUCCUGCAAUGCAGUGGCACUGGCGGGACGCCCCCGGCUUCCCUGGCAGAGUUCACUUUAGACAGCCCGGAAGACUUUUAUGACGUCAGCCUUGUCGACGGUUUCAACAUGCCCAUAUCCAUUAUCCCGUCUGGUGGAUCGGGUAACUGUUCAGCUGUGGAGUGCAGCUCCAACUUGAACCUGCAAUGUCCGGAGCAAUUGCAGGUGAGGAUCAAUGGUGGUGGAGACACGGUGGCUUGUAAGAGCGCUUGCUUGGCUUUCGGUCAGCCUCAGUUCUGCUGCACAGGGGCCUACAACAAUCCACAGGUUUGCAAGCCCAGUCAUUAUUCAGAGGUUUUCAAGAAAGCGUGCCCCACAGCGUAUAGCUACCCUUACGAUGAUGCCACUAGCAUUUUCACCUGCAAUGGGACUAAUUAUUCGAUCAUAUUUUGCUGAAACAUACAAAG